GAGAUGAAGAUGGAAAGACUCCUUUGGACAAAGCUCGUGAAAGAGGGCAUAGUGAAGUGGUUGCCAUUCUUCAAUCUCCAGGUGACUGGAUGUGUCCAGUUAACAAAGGAGAUGAAAAGAAAAAGAAAGAUGCCAAUAAAGAUGAAGAAGAAUCAAAUGAGCCCAAAGGUGAUCCAGAAAUGGCACCAAUAUACUUGAAAAGACUGCUACCUGUGUUUGCGCAAACAUUUCAGCAAACUAUGCUGCCUUCAAUAAGAAAAGCAAGUCUUGCUCUCAUCAGAAAAAUGAUUCACUUUUGUUCUGAAGCUCUUCUCAAAGAAGUUUGUGACUCAGACGUUGGACAUAAUUUACCUACAGUAUUGGUAGAGAUCACUGCUACUGUUCUAGAUCAAGAGGAUGACGAUGAUGGCCAUUUAUUAGCUUUGCAGAUCAUAAGAGAUUUAGUGGAUAAAGGAGGUGAUCUUUUCUUGGACCAACUUGCUAGACUUGGUGUAAUAAGUAAAGUAUCAACUUUGGCUGGACCGUCUUCAGAUGAUGAGAAUGAAGAAGAGUCUAAACCAGAAAAAGAAGAUGAACCUCAAGAAGAUGCCAAAGAAUUGCAGCAGGGUAAACCGUAUCACUGGAGAGAUUGGUCAAUUAUUAGAGGAAGGGACUGCCUGUAUAUUUGGAGUGAUGCUGCAGCCUUGGAACUUUCAAAUGGGAGCAAUGGAUGGUUCAGAUUUAUUUUGGAUGGGAAAUUAGCUACAAUGUAUUCCAGUGGCAGUCCUGAAGGAGGAUCUGACAGUUCAGAAAGCCGAAGUGAAUUUUUAGAGAAGUUACAGCGGGCUCGGAGUCAGGUAAAGCCAUCCACAACCAGCCAGCCAAUUUUAUCAGCUCCAGGACCUUCAAAACUUACAGUAGGAAAUUGGUCUCUUACCUGUCUAAAGGAAGGAGAAAUUGCUAUUCAUAAUUCAGAUGGUCAGCAAGCUACAAUCUUAAAAGAAGAUCUACCAGGUUUUGUUUUUGAGUCCAAUAGAGGAACUAAACACUCAUUUACAGCUGAAACUUCUUUAGGAUCAGAAUUUGUGACUGGUUGGACUGGAAAACGGGGCAGAAAACUAAAGUCCAAGUUGGAAAAAACAAAACAAAAGGUACGAACUAUGGCCAGAGACUUAUAUGAUGACCAUUUUAAAGCGGUUGAAAGUAUGCCUAGAGGUGUAGUAGUAACGCUCAGGAAUAUAGCAACUCAAUUAGAGUCUUCAUGGGAACUUCAUACGAACAGACAGUUUAUUGAGGGAGAAAACACUUGGCGAGAUUUAAUGAAGACUGCCCUGGAAAAUUUAAUUGUCCUGCUAAAGGAUGAAACUACAAUUUCACCAUAUGAAAUGUGCAGCAGUGGCUUGGUGCAGGCUCUCCUUACUGUAUUGAAUAAUAAUAUGGAUUACGAUUUGAAACAAGACUGUAGUCAAUUAGUGGAAAGAAUAAAUGUGUUCAAAACAGCUUUCAGUGAAAAUGAAGAUGAUGAAAGUCGUCCAGCAGUUGCAUUAAUUAGGAAAUUGAUAGCAGUACUGGAAUCUAUUGAACGACUUCCGUUACAUUUGUAUGAUUCACCAGGAUCAUCAUAUAAUCUCCAGAUAUUAACAAGACGGCUACGAUUUCGCUUGGAACGUGCUUCUGGGGAAACAGCUUUGAUAGACAGAACGGGUCGAAUGUUGAAAAUGGAGCCUUUGGCAACAGUAGAAUCUUUAGAACAAUAUCUUCUUAAAAUGGUGGCAAAGCAGUGGUAUGACUUUGAUAGAGCUUCGUUUGUUUUUGUACGAAAACUGCGGGAAGGCCAGACAUUUAUUUUCAGACAUCAGCAUGAUUUUGAUGAAAAUGGAAUUAUUUACUGGAUUGGAACAAAUGCCAAAACAGCAUAUGAGUGGGUAAAUCCAGCUGCCUAUGGGCUAGUCGUAGUUACAUCUUCAGAAGGAAGAAAUCUGCCAUAUGGUCGUUUAGAAGACAUCUUAAGCCAUGAGAGUUCAGCUUUAAACUGCCAUACUAAUGAUGAUAAAAAUGCAUGGUUUGCAAUAGAUCUUGGUCUUUGGGUGAUACCAUCUGCUUAUACCCUGCGCCAUGCUCGUGGUUAUGGACGAUCUGCUCUCAGAAAUUGGGUUUUUCAAGUUUCUAAGGAUGGACAGAACUGGACAACUUUAUACACUCACGUUGAUGACUGUAGUCUAAAUGAACCUGGUUCAACGGCAACCUGGCCACUAGACUCACCGAAGGAUGAAAAACAAGGUUGGAGACAUAUAAGAAUUAAACAGAUGGGAAAGAAUGCCAGUGGGCAGACACACUAUCUCUCCCUGUCAGGAUUUGAACUUUAUGGCACUGUCAACGGUGUAUGUGAAGAUCAGUUAGGAAAAGCAGCUAAAGAAGCAGAGGCUAAUCUGCGAAGGCAGAGACGACUGGUUCGUUCUCAGGUUCUGAAAUACAUGGUUCCAGGUGCUCGUGUCAUCAGAGGAAUUGACUGGAAAUGGAGAGAUCAAGAUGGUAGUCCCCAAGGGGAAGGCACUGUUACAGGCUGGAUUGAUGUCACCUGGGAUGCUGGUGGCUCUAACUCUUACCGUAUGGGCGCAGAAGGAAAAUUUGACCUCAAGCUUGCCCCAGGGUACGACCCUGAUUCAGCGGCAUCACCCAAACCUGUUUCAUCCACUGUUUCAGGCACAACGCAGUCAUGGAGCAGCUUGGUGAAAAACAACUGUCCAGACAAGAUGACUGCUGCUGCAGGCUCUUCAAGUAGAAAAGGAAGUAGCAGUUCUGUGUGUAGCGUGGCCAGUAGCAGCGACAUCAGCUUGGGUUCGACCAAAAUGGAACGGAGAUCUGAAAAUGUAAUGGAACAAAAUAUAGUUUCGGGCACUGACGUCCAUGAGCCAAUAGUUGUCCUUUCUACUGCUGAUGGUAUGCCCCAAACUGAAGUAGGUUCAGCAUCCAGUGCAAGUACCAGCACCUUAACAGCAGAUGUGGGCAAUGAAAAUGUUGAAAGAAAGCUAGGACCUGACAACUCAAUCCGUGCGACUGGGGAAUCCAAUGCCAUAUCCAUGGGAAUUGUUAGUGUGAGUUCUCCAGACGUUAGUUCAGUAUCUGAGCUAACUAAUAAAGAAGCUGCUUCCCAAAGACCCCUUAGUUCUUCAGCAAGUAACAGACUGUCAGUGAGUUCACUGCUGGCUGCUGGAGCUCCAAUGAGUUCCAGUGCAAGUGUGCCUAAUUUAUCUUCGCGGGAAACCUCUAGUUUGGAGUCCUUUGUCCGGAGAGUGGCAAAUAUAGCUCGCACCAAUGCUACUAACAACAUGAAUUUAAGUCGAAGUAGCAGUGAUAACAGCACUAAUACUUUGGGAAGAAAUGUCAUGAGCACUGCAACUUCUCCUCUAAUGGGUGCCCAAAGUUUUCCUAAUCUGACUACAACUGGUACCACCUCAACAGUGACCAUGUCUACAUCCAGUGUUACUAGCAGCAACAAUGUAGCCACAGCAACUACAGUUUUAUCUGUUGGUCAGUCACUUAGUAACACUCUAACUACUAGCCUAACAUCAACAUCUAGUGAGAGCGAUACAGGUCAGGAAGCAGAAUAUUCUUUAUAUGAUUUCCUUGAUAGUUGUCGAGCUAGCACUCUGUUGGCUGAAUUAGAUGAUGAUGAAGAUCUGCCAGAGCCAGAUGAGGAAGAUGAUGAAAAUGAAGAUGACAAUCAGGAAGAUCAGGAAUAUGAAGAAGUAAUGGAAGAAGAAGAGUAUGAAACAAAAGGAGGACGUAGAAGAACAUGGGAUGAUGACUAUGUGUUAAAACGCCAAUUUUCUGCUCUAGUACCUACCUUUGAUCCAAGACCUGGCCGUACUAAUGUGCAGCAAACAACUGAUUUAGAAAUUCCUCCCCCAGGAACACCUCAUUCGGAACUCCUAGAAGAAGUUGAAUGUAUGCCAUCACCACGUUUAGCACUUAUCUUGAAAGUUACAGGACUCGGUACAACUCGUGAAGUUGAGCUACCCUUAACAAAUUUCCGGUCAACUAUAUUUUACUAUGUACAAAAAUUACUACAGCUUUCCUGCAAUGGCAAUGUGAAAUCAGAUAAACUUAGGCGAAUAUGGGAACCAACAUAUACAAUUGUAUACAAAGAAAUGAAGGAUUCUGAUAAAGAAAAAGACAGUGAGAAAAUGGGUUGCUGGUCAAUAGAGCAUGUGGAGCAGUACCUUGGCACUGAUGACUUACCAAAGAAUGAUUUGAUAACCUACCUGCAGAAGAAUGCGGAUUCAGCUUUUCUGCGUCACUGGAAAUUAACUGGCACUAAUAAAAGCAUUAGGAAAAACAGAAAUUGUUCCCAACUCAUAGCUGCUUACAAGGAUUUUUGUGAGCAUGGAUCAAAAUCUAAUUUGAAUCAGGGAGCUAUUUCCACGCUUCAAAAUUCAGACAUUCUUAGUUCAAUUAAAGAACAGCCUCAAGCCAAAGCUGGUAAUGGACAGAAUUCCUGUGGAGUAGAGGAUGUUCUGCAGUUGCUCCGUAUUCUCUACAUUGUUGCAAGUGACCCUUUUUCUCCUCGAACUUUACAAGAAGAAGAUGAAGAGCUCCAGUUUAAUUUUCCACCAGAUGAAUUCACAAGCAAAAAAAUUACCACAAAAAUUCUUCAACAGAUUGAGGAACCAUUAGCAUUAGCAAGUGGAGCUUUACCAGACUGGUGUGAACAGAUAACUAGCAAGUGUCCUUUCUUAAUCCCAUUUGAAACUCGACAACUAUAUUUCACAUGCACAGCAUUUGGAGCAUCAAGAGCAAUUGUGUGGCUACAGAAUCGACGUGAGGCAACUGUUGAGCGAACACGAACUACAAGUACUGUACGAAGAGAUGAUCCAGGAGAAUUCAGAGUUGGGCGCCUUAAACACGAAAGAGUCAAAGUUCCACGUGGUGAAUCUUUGAUGGAAUGGGCAGAAAAUGUUAUGCAGAUUCAUGCAGAUAGAAAGUCAGUUUUGGAGGUGGAGUUUUUAGGAGAGGAAGGAACAGGAUUAGGGCCUACGUUGGAGUUUUAUGCAUUGGUAGCAGCAGAAUUCCAGAGAACAGAAUUGGGAGCUUGGCUCUGUGAUGAUGAUUUUCCAGAUGAUGAAUCACGACAGGUUGAUAUCGGCGGCGGAUUGAAACCUCCAGGAUACUAUGUACAGCGAUCUUGUGGGCUCUUUACAGCACCGUUCCCACAGGAUAGUGAUGAACUUGAAAGAAUCACGAAACUGUUCCAUUUUCUUGGGAUUUUCUUAGCUAAAUGUAUCCAGGAUAAUAGACUUGUAGACUUGCCAAUUUCUAAACCUUUUUUUAAACUCAUGUGCAUGGGUGAUAUUAAAAGCAAUAUGAGUAAACUGAUUUAUGAAUCACGGGGUGACAGAGACUUGCACUGCACUGAAAGUCAAUCAGAAGCCUCUACAGAGGAGGGACAUGAUUCCCUGUCAGUAGGAAGUUUUGAAGAGGAUUCCAAAUCUGAAUUUAUUCUUGACCCACCAAAACCUAAGCCUCCAGCAUGGUUUAAUGGAAUCCUAACAUGGGAAGAUUUUGAACUGGUAAACCCUCACAGAGCAAGAUUUUUAAAGGAAAUGAAGGAUCUUGCAAUUAAGAGACGUCAAAUAUUAAGCAACAAAGGCCUUUCAGAAGAUGAAAAAAAUACUAAACUUCAAGAACUUGUGAUGAAGAAUCCAUCAGGUUCUGGACCUCCACUUAGUAUAGAAGAUUUAGGUCUUAAUUUCCAGUUUUGCCCUUCAUCCAGAGUUUAUGGCUUUACAGCAGUGGAUCUCAAGCCUGGUGGAGAAGAUGAGUUGGUAACCAUGGAUAAUGCAGAAGAAUAUGUGGAUAUGAUGUUUGACUUUUGCAUGCACACUGGCAUACAGAAACAAAUGGAUGCCUUCAGAGACGGCUUCAAUCGAGUCUUUCCAAUGGAAAAGCUAAGUUCCUUUAGCCAUGAAGAAGUUCAGAUGAUUCUUUGUGGUAAUCAGUCACCAUCCUGGGCAGCUGAAGAUAUAAUCAACUACACAGAACCUAAACUUGGCUACACUCGAGACAGCCCUGGGUUCCUGAGAUUUGUAAGAGUUUUAUGUGGCAUGUCUUCAGACGAAAGAAAAGCAUUCCUCCAAUUCACAACUGGUUGUUCAACACUUCCCCCAGGAGGAUUGGCUAACCUACAUCCUCGUCUCACUGUUGUACGCAAGGUUGAUGCUACAGAUGCAAGUUACCCAUCUGUGAAUACCUGUGUGCAUUAUCUUAAAUUGCCUGAGUAUUCCUCUGAAGAGAUUAUGCGAGAACGCCUCCUAGCUGCUACCAUGGAGAAAGGCUUUCAUCUCAACUGAACUGAGUUCUGAAAUGGGAUAUCUCAAACUGGUUUUGCAUUCAUACCUAGUGAAGCCUCCUGUGUUGUUGUGCAGAAAAUACAAUCUCCAUGCUGUACUCAAACGAGACUUGCCUUUUUCCCCUAUCCAUGAGGCUUUGAAAACACAUGGAAUAAUUUUGUUAGCUGCUAAUGUCAAAACAAAUCCCAAUGAAUUACACAGCCAGCAAGAAAAAGGCAAGAACAGUGUGUGAUGCUUCCAAGGGCUUGUGCAACCAGAAGCUGAAGCAAAUGUUUGACUGUUCCAAAGAGCAGAUCUGCAGAUUUCCAGUGUUUACUGAGUCAAGAUUUAUAACAGUGCAUUUGUGUAAAGUCUACCAUUUAAUACCCUGUACACUACAGUUCCAUCAUUGAUCCUUGUUUUUCCUGGCUUGAAGCUAAAUGGUCAGAAACCUGCUUCCUUAACUUAGUCAAUGGGCAUCUCAAGCUUUCUUUCCUUUCUUUAAUGGUGCCUGCACUUUUGGAGUAUUCUAGUGUUGGGGUAGGGUAUUUGCAUAUAAUCAUGCACAACCGUUUAUUAUUAUUUCAAGUGGGAAUAUAUUUUGAUUUCUAAAUACCCCGCUAUAAAGAUCCAAAUCCUCAAAUGUGUGUUCAUGUGUGUGUGUGCGUGUGCGCGUGUAACUCAACAAUAAAGCUUUUAAAAGACACUGGUUACUGGUGCAAGGCACAUUUAAAACAAGUUUUACUUUGUUGUAUUUUCUUUGUAUAUUAAAAACAUUUAUUUAACUUGUUGCAGUUUGAAGUUUAAAAAGAAGAUUUUCAUUGUGUAUGCUCAACAAUAAUCAUUAAAAUGUUUGCAGCGUA